UUGUAUUAAAACCUAAUUGUAAUUGUUACACAAAUGGAUGUUUCGUUAAUAUUUCUAUUUCCUUUUUAUCCCAGGACUGGGCUAAUGCUAAUGUCAGCAGACAGAUUGAGGACACUGUAUUAUAUGGUUACUAUACCUUAUAUUCUGUUAUAUUAUUCUGCGUGUUCUUCUGGAUCCCUUUUGUCUACUUCUACUAUGAAGAAAAGGAUGAUGAUGAUACUAGUAAAUGCACUCAAAUUAAAACAGCAUUCAAGUAUACUUUGGGAUUUGCUGUAAUUUGUGCACUUCUUCUUUUAGUUGGUGCUUUUGUUCCUCUGAAUGUUCCAAAUAACAAAAAUUCUACAGAGUGGGAAAAAGUGAAAUUCUUGUUUGAAGAACUUGGAAGUAGUCAUGGUUUAGCUGCAUUGUCAUUUUCUAUCAGUUCUCUGACCUUGAUUGGAAUGUUGGCAGCUAUAACUUACACAGCCUAUGGCAUGUCUGCAUUACCUUUAAAUCUGAUAAAAGGCACUAGAAGUGCUGCUUAUGAACGUUUAGAAAACACUGAAGACAUUGAAGAAGUGGAGCAACACAUUCAAACGAUUAAAUCAAAAAGCAAGGAUGGUCGACCUUUGCCAUCAAGGGAUAAACGUGCUUUAAAACAAUUUGAAGAAAGGUUACGAACACUUAGGAAAAGAGAGAGGCACUUAGAAUUCAUUGAAAACAGCUGGUGGACAAAAUUUUGUGGUGCUCUGCGUCCCCUGAAGAUCAUUUGGGGAAUAUUUUUCAUCUUAGUUGCAUUGCUGUUUGUAAUUUCUCUCUUCCUAUCAAAUUUGGAUAAAGCUCUUCAUUCAGCUGGAAUAGAUUCUGGUUUUAUAAUUUUUGGAGCAAACCUGAGUAAUCCACUGAAUAUGCUUUUGCCUGUUCUACAAACAGUGUUUCCUCUUGAUUAUAUUCUUAUAACAAUUAUUAUUAUGUACUUUAUUUUUACUUCAAUGGCAGGAAUUCGAAAUAUUGGCAUAUGGUUCUUUUGGGUUAGACUAUAUAAAAUUAGAAGAGGUAGAACGAGGCCCCAGGCACUCUUAUUUCUCUGCAUGAUACUUCUGCUUAUUGUCCUUCACACUAGUUACAUGAUUUAUAGUCUUGCUCCCCAAUAUGUUAUGUAUGGAAGCCAAAAUUACUUAAUAGAGAGCAAUAUAACUUAUGAUGACCAUAAAAACAACUCAGCCCUCCCUGUGCCAAAGAGAUGUGAUGCAGAUGCCCCUGAAGGUAAGUGAGGCAGCUCUUAUCAACUAUCUUAAAGUUUAUAACUCUAUGAGAAAAGAGUUGGCUUGCAUUUUGCUGUGUUAAUCAUUUGAUUCAUCUGUUUUAAUAUGUGGCGACAAAGGAACUUUUAGCAAGAAGAAAUCGUUAAGUC